UCAAGUCACAGAUCUGCAGUUGUAAGUACAAAGUUAAUCUCAAGUGAUAAAACGAAGACUACUAUCGCUAUAAAAGAGUCGGCACACAAAUAAAUACAACAUUCUGUCUGCGACACUUCAGAUAACAGUUAAUACUACAAUUAUAAACGUAAAUACAGAUUAUGAAUACUGCAAGGUAGCAGACAAUUAAACAAAAGAACAAUACACACAAACAAAAAUGGAUACAGAAUCAAAUAACAAAAAAGCACCGAAGGACGAGAAGAUGGAAAAGCAACCAGAGGCAGACAAAAUGGUGAAGGCGAUAGGGGACUUUGGCAAAUGGCAGGUGAUGCUGUUGCUGCUAAUAGUGGCACCCACAAAGAUCUCAUCAGCGUGGCAGCAACUAGGCAUAGUGUUCUUGGCUCCGGCUACCACCUUCAUGUGCACAGAAACAAAUCUUUCAGACAGUAUACAAAUAUCCACGUGUUAUAGUGAUUGUGCUAAUUAUGAGUAUUACUCGGAGUUUGAGAAUACUAUAAUUUCGGAGUUUGGGCUGAUCUGCGAUAGAGCGUGGAUGGCCAAUUUCACGCAGACCAUGUGCAUGUUUGGUGUGCUGAUCGGCAGUAUUGUUUUUGGAUUUGUUGCUGAUAGGUUUGGCAGACGUCCAGCAUUACUAAUAGCAUGCAUGCUACAACUUGUAACCACUGUUGUGGAGGCCUUCUGCUAUAACUACUGGCUAUUCACCACCGUACGAUUCUUCAUUGGCGUGUCUACAGCAGGAACAAUCCUAAGCUCCUUUAUUCUGAUCAUGGAAGUCAUCGGGCCUCUGAGGAGAGAGUUCAUGAACUGCCUCUGUGCCCUUCCAAUGCCAGUCGGUCAGAUGCUGAUGCCACUCUUCGCUUAUUACUUGAGAACUUGGAACCAGUUCUGCUUGGGUGUUGGUGUUCCACAUGUAUUGUACUUGAUAUACUUCUUCAUGUUACCCGAAUCUCCGAGGUGGUUGAUUUCCGUUGGCAGAAUUGAAGAAGCUAGUAAAGUGAUGACUCAGGCAGCGAGAUGGAAUAACCUGCCAUCAGGCAAUAUGUUAGAUGUGGCGAAGAGUAUGGCAAGUGAGAAGGUGAACUCAAACGAACCCAUACGCAAGGCUACCUACUUAGACCUGCUUAAGACGCGGUUACUCAGGAUAAAUAUCUUCUGCUCGUGCACUAUCUGGUUCGUUCUUGGAAUCAGUUAUUACGGCAGUAACCAAUACAUCGGACAGACGAGCUCCAAUGUUUUCGUCACCGUUGCUUUAGCUGGAGUUUUGCAGUUCCCUGGUAUCUUGCUGAGCGGGUUCCUGUGCAAAUACUUCGGCAGAAAGAUCACCAUGAUCAGCUUCUUCGUCGUCUGUGGUGGGAGCAAUGCGUUCCUCGUGGUACCUGAAGACUGGUUCGCUGUGAGACUAACUAUGGGAGCCAUAGGUGUAGGCUGUGCUUCUGGUGCCUUUGCUACUAUGUACAUGUACACCUCCGAGCUGUUCCCAACUGUAGCCCGAAACAUGGCUAUGGGAGCUUCAUCCACGGUAUCCAGAGUAGGAUCUAUGUUAGCCCCCUAUGUGGCUGGCAUGACCGUCAUAGCCGCGUGGCUACCACCAGUGGCUUUCGCUGUAGUACCUAUACUAGGAGCGAUCACUUGUUUCUUUUUACCAGAAACCAGAGGUCAGAAACUAUCUGAUCAUUUGUCGUAGACUCAAGAACUGUAUCUGAUAUUAUUGCUGUCAUAUUGAUUGAUGUCUGUUUAUUGUCUGUGUUUAAGUAUUUUAGUAUUUAUUGCUUCUUCGUUAAGAUAAGGACGUGAUAUUUUUGUAACUGUCAUUUUAUACUUUAGGUUCGACUUUAAUUAAGUUAUGUAUAAAUAAAUAAAGUCCCUUUUGUAAACAACAA